CGCGGGAUGGGGGGUUGUCGGUCUUUAGGCCUUUCAGCUUGCGCGGGAGGGCAGGCCUGAGGCGAGGAGGGUGGGAGCUCUCGCGGCAGCUGACGAUGGAGAAGCUGGAACAAGGCCUGUUGAUGCAGCCGUGGGCAUGGCUACAGUUUGCCGAGAACUCCCUCUUGGCGAAGGCUUAUAUCACCAAGCAGGGCUAUGCCUUGCUGGUUUCAGAUCUUCAACAAGUAUGGCAUGAGCAGGUGGACACUAGUGUGGUCAGCCAGAGAGCCAAGGAGCUGAACAAGCGCCUGACUGCUCCACCUGAGGCUUUUCUCUGUCAUUUGGAUAAUCUGCUUCGCCCACUGUUGAAGGAUGCUACUCACCCUAAUGAAGCUACUUUCUCCUGUGAUCGUGUGGCAGAGGCACUGAUUCUGCGGGUGCGGAGUGAGCUGUCAGGUCUCCCCUUCUAUUGGCAUUUCUACUGUAUUCUUGCUAGUCCUUCCCUGGUUUCCCAGCAUUUGAUUCGUCCUCUGAUGGGCAUGAGUCUGGCCCUACAGUGCCAUGUGAGGGAGCUAGCAGCAUUGCUUCGGAUGAAAGAUCUAGAGAUCCAGGACUACCAGGAGAGUGGGGCUAUGCUGAGCCGAGGUCGAUUGAAGACUGAACCAUUUGAAGAAAAUUCUUUCUUGGAACAAUUUUUGGUAGAGAAACUACCGGAAGCAUGCAGCCUUGGUGAUGGAAGGCCAUUUGUCAUGAAUCUGCAGAGUUUGUAUGUGGCAGUCACCAAACAGGAGGUCCAAGCAGAACAGAUGCAUCAAGGCACUGGAGAGACUCAGACUUCAAGCGGAGCCUCCCCUCAAGGAACUGAUAGCCACCUUCUGAACCAGCCAGAACAGCCAGUCUCCUCAGCUCCAGUACUCUUAGCACCUGAGCAGAAGCCCAUGGUUGCUUCAGGCCCUGUGCAGAGAUCUCAGCUAUCAAAAGUCAAGAGGAAGAAGCCAAGAGGGCUUUUCAGUUAACCUGUCAUGGUCUUAGUUGCAGAGGAUGGAGCAGGAGAACAGCUUCCCAGCAUCACCUGGAAAAGAGCUCAAAUGAUAGAGUAUCUCUAAAAUAGAAUCACAAUCAGAGGCCCACCGCUGAGCAAGAAAACUUAGUUCAUGUUCAUAGGCCACCUGAAUGGGACUGCUCACCAAAAAGGCUUGGCUCCAACUCACUGGGCACUGGCCUUCCUAUUUGACGAAGCCAGUCUCUGAGAAUGCCAUACCGUCCUCUCUUCAGUGUAGGCUCUCUAGGCCCAGGACCCUACCAUGGACUUUUUGUGGAACAAGUCCACAAACAGGCACAACAUGCUGAGGAAGCCUUCUACCUUUCUCACUAGUCCCCAGCCUGUUCAAAUGCUCCUCAGAGACUCAGUUCUCUCUUUAGUGCGGAAUAAAAAGCACAUGCA